CCCCCCCCGUCCCUCCCCCCCGGCCCCGGGCGGUGAGCGGGCGCCCCGGGCCGGCGCGGGCAUGAGCUGCGCCGGGGGGAGCGUGGUCGUCCCUCCCGGGGAGCCGCUGGAGCUGCCGGGCGGAGCGGGGGAGGCGAGCGGGGACGGCCCGGAGGAGGGAGAGAGCGGCGGCCCCAGCGGCGGCGAGGGCCGGAGGGGAGGCUCGGAGAGCGGCCGCGCCGAGGCGGGGGCCGCCGCCGGCGACAAACCCGAGACCCGCUCGGUGUGCAGCAGCGAGAGCGGCAGCGGCAGCCACCCCGGCGGGGCCGGCCCCAUCUGCAAGAUCUGCUUCCAAGGCCCCGAGCAGGGUGAAUUGUUAAAUCCUUGCCGCUGCGAUGGGUCAGUACGAUACACGCAUCAGCUUUGCCUGUUAAAGUGGAUAAGUGAAAGAGGGUCAUGGACCUGUGAACUCUGCUGUUACAGAUACCAUGUUAUAGCAAUUAAAAUGAAAAAGCCUUGCCAGUGGCAAAGCAUUACUAUAACACUGGUUGAGAAAGUGCAGAUGGUUGCUGUAAUCCUAGGAUCUCUGUUCUUAGUAGCAAGUGUGACUUGGCUUCUAUGGUCAGCCUUCAGCCCUUAUGCAGUAUGGCAAAGAAAGGACAUCCUUUUUCAAAUCUGCUAUGGAAUGUAUGGUUUUAUGGAUCUAGUAUGCAUAGGACUCAUAGUACAUGAAGGUGCAUCUGUUUAUCGAGUGUUUAAGCGUUGGAGGGCUGUCAAUCUACACUGGGAUGUGUUAAAUUACGAUAAAGCCACAGACAUAGAAGAGAGCAAUCGAGGAGAAUCCUCAGCAGGAAGGACACUGUUGUUACCACUGACUGCACUGAGAAACAGAAGUUUAGUUCAUCCAACACAGUUAACCUCACCAAGAUUUCAGUGUGGCUAUGUAUUGUUACAUCUGUUCAACCGCAUGAGACCUCAGGAAGAUUCGUCAGAGGAUAACGGCUCUGGGGAAGUAGUGAUGAGAGUGACCUCAGUGUAAAGAUUAUGCUCACUGUGCUACACAGCUAAGGAUAAUGUGCUCUGAUGUUACAGGACUUGGGAAUGUAGUUAUGAUGAAUGGUGAAACCAUUAACACUUGAAAAAAUAUAUACACAUUUUUUAAAAAUUUAAUGCUUUUUAUAUGAUCAGCUAAAACACAAAUACAUUUUUCGGGGAAAAAAAAAGUCUCUUGCUUUUUAUAUAGUCUGGUUUAUUAGAUCUUUUGUCAAUUUGUACCUGAGGUGUAUACAAUAUAGUUUAACUCUUAGGUCUUUGAAUGAUGAGGAAACUCAUUUUUAAGUAAAAAAAUAUAUUUAAAUGUAUUUUCUUAAACUCUGGCUUUAAUCCAUUACUGUUAUUUUUCCCACUCUCAUGAGGAUUAAACUGAACAACCUUCUUCCAAAAAGAAAAAAAUGUUGACAGAAGUCAAGUUUUCUUCCUUUUCUGUCUUUAUUUUGUUGUUGUUUGUAGCUCAGUUCAGGUGUAUGAAAGUAAGGGAUAUAUUGUCCCUUGCCUUUAAGCAGGAAGUCCCGUGGGUGUUCUACAAAACGUAAGGGAAGAUGUGAACUCUUCUUUUCUUUUAGCUCUCCCACAUGGACGUGCAAGAUGUCAGACACAAGUACGACACAGGCAGGGGAAGAGUCUUGCACUUUGUCUCGAGUCUCUAAGAUCUGCCGAGUGCUGGUGCUGUGCCUGUGCACAGAAGUGACAUUACCUUCCAAGCAGUGAUGCUGAAUUUAGCAGCCUGUGAAUUUCUAGUACCAUUCUAACUACAGCCUAUUGACAUCCCGUAUUUUUUUAAAAAAAGAAGAAAUGUACAUUACAACUUCUGGAAUAAUAAUAAAUCCUAAUGGAAACUGAAGUAGAAAUAACGCAGAGCCUUAAUUUUGCCAGGUAAUGAAUCAUUAUAUUAAAAAUGAGCCAGUAUUCAUCUUUAUCAUGAUAGCUAAUCAAUGCUGUGAAGUUUGCUUCUCUGUUUUUGUCUCAUGGCAAAAAUUCUAAUAUAAUUUAAUCAAAUGGAA